CUGAAACCUUCAAAUUCUUCCCUUCCAAUCGCCAAGUCUUCGCUCUGACUACUGCUCUGUAAGAAUGACCUCCAACUUAAGUUUGUGUUUUUAUUUUUGUUUUAUGUAGAGAAAGGUUGUCACGGAUUUGGAUCUCUCCUUCAUGCGAUUACGCAGGAUCUACAAGAGAGAGGAGUGUGUAACCUUUCCCCUGUGACUUCUGAACUCUGAACCCAGGCCGAUACCCCCUCUGGCCCCUCCCCUCCCGUCCCCGCGGCCUCAUUGUCACUGAUGGCGCUGGAAAAGAUUGUGCAUUUUGGGAAGCAGCUUCUGAGGGUGAAGGUGGUGAACUGUAACGCGGAGGAGUCCCGACUGUCCCGAUGUCUCAACACAUUCGACCUGGUGGCCCUGGGCGUGGGCAGUACUUUGGGAGCAGGAGUCUAUGUGUUAGCUGGAGCUGUAGCCAGGCAAAACUCAGGACCUGCGAUUGUGCUGUCUUUCUUGAUAGCAGCUUUAGCUUCAGUAUUAGCCGGUCUGUGCUAUGCUGAGUUUGGUGCUCGGGUUCCUAAAACAGGCUCGGCGUAUCUGUACUCAUAUGUGACAGUGGGUGAACUAUGGGCCUUCAUCACAGGCUGGAACCUCAUACUCUCCUAUAUUAUUGGCACCUCCAGUGUGGCCCGUGCAUGGAGCGCUACCUUUGACGAAUUGAUAGGGAAGAGAAUCGAGCACUUCUGCUCCACAUACAUGUCCAUGAAUGCUCCUGGUGUGUUAGCAAAGUACCCUGACUUGUUUGCUGUUAUCAUCAUAAUCACACUUACAGGGUUACUGGCCUUUGGAGUUAAAGAGUCAGCGAUGGUGAAUAAGGUGUUCACAUGCGUUAACAUUCUGGUGCUGUUGUUCAUGGUGAUCUCUGGACUAGUCAAAGGCACUUUGAAGAACUGGCAACUAGACCCUGAACAGAUACUCAAUGACAACUACACAAGUAACUCCAGCUUCAAUUUGACAAAUGGUUUGCCGACCAAAGAACAGUUGGGAGUUGGGGGCUUCAUGCCAUUUGGCUUUACUGGGGUCCUGUCUGGAGCUGCCACUUGCUUCUAUGCUUUUGUUGGAUUCGACUGCAUCGCCACCACAGGUGAGGAGGUGAAGAACCCCCAGCGGGCCAUCCCCAUUGGUAUUGUCUCAUCUUUACUGAUCUGUUUUGUGGCCUACUUUGGGGUCUCUGCUGCUCUCACUAUGAUGAUGCCGUACUACCUGCUGGACCCCAACAGCCCUCUGCCUGUAGCCUUCAACUACGUGGGAUGGGGAGGGGCCAAAUACGCUGUAGCUGUUGGUUCACUCUGUGCUUUGUCUACAAGCCUGAUAGGUGCUAUGUUCCCCAUGCCUCGAGUGCUCUGGGCUAUGGCUGAGGAUGGGCUGCUAUUCAAGUUCAUGGCGUUCAUCAGCCCCCGCACCAAAAUCCCAAUAACUGCCACCCUGACCUCAGGCGCAGGGGCAGCGAUCAUGGCUUUCCUGUUUGACCUGAAGGACUUGGUGGAUCUCAUGUCCAUAGGCACACUGCUGGCCUACACUCUGGUGGCUGCCUGUGUCCUGGUGCUGAGGUAUCAACCCGAGCAGCCUGCUGUGGCCUAUGAGAUGGCCAACACUCACGAGGACAUGGAUCUCAUAGACGGCAUCAGUAUCCCCAGCAUGGGCAUGCUCCCAGGGAUGGAGGAGAGGCUCAGCUUCAGAAGCGUUAUGUUCCCAGACAACCCAGAGCCGUCUGCACUGUCUGGAUACAUUGUCAACGUUAGUGCGUCACUGUUAGGGGUGCUGAUCCUGGCCUUCAGUGUCCUGGCGGUGCAGGGUGGCACUGCUCUGUGGAACCUGGCUGUCCUCAGCCUCAUCUUCAUUGUGUGUUUGCUGUUGGUCUUUGUCAUCUGGAGGCAGCCGGAGAGCAAGACCAAACUCUCUUUCAAGGUUCCGUUCUUACCUUUUAUUCCUGUUAUUAGCAUGUUUGUUAAUGUCUACUUGAUGAUGCAGUUGGACUCUGGCACCUGGAUACGUUUUUCUAUCUGGAUGACUAUAGGAAUGGUCAUUUACUUCUGCUAUGGCAUCCACCAUAGUGCUGAAGCUGCAACAAACCGCUCUUCUCCUGAUGCUGAGAUGCACAGUCUUAAGCCUGAUCAUGAACUGGACUCAAUGACUCGAGAAAAACAAGCUUUCCUUCACAAUAGCACAGACGCUUUGGAAGAUGAGGACUGAGAAUAUGAAAAAAAAAGAAAAAAAAUGAAUCAAAUAGGGCCCAAUAUGUGAUAGGUUAAUAAAGGUUCAUUCACCUUUACCUGCCAUGGAAUCCUUGUUUGUCCCCUUGUUACAAAUUUCUGACGUUAGAGCCUAGAAGUUUCCUUCUCCUUCUGAAUCAGGGGGCAUUACCCGCAUUACAAAAUGGGGACAAGUCUGUUGUUAGGUGUGAUGGAGUUUUAUGGGAGAUCAUAUUUUCCCUUAUCUGAUCAACAUAUCAUUAUUGCAUAAUCCUCCCUAUACUAUGGAUUGGUACCUAAAGGGAAAAGUUGAACAUGUGCCAAAUCAUAUGUAAGCCGAUAUGUUGAAAUGCUGCUUUAAUCGUCUUGAUCAAUUGCACAAUCUACUGCGACACUCCACAGCUGUCAGAGGGGUUGUGGUUACCCUGACCCCAGCCCAGGUCACACUGUCCACUGCGUUUGGGAAAAUGCCGUGGAGCUGCAGGGUUAGCCUCUAUAUGUCUAAUCUAAAAUGUAGUAUAAAUAACCUUCGUGACAGUUAACAUUUAGACUUGGCAGUCAUGAUGACUUUAAUAAUUGACAUUUUUAUUGUCAAAGCAAUCUAUAAUAUAUUAUCAAUAUUAAAACUUAUCUUGUAAGAUGUUUGAGUAUAAUAUCCAGAAAUAAUUCUUUAAUAUUCUGAAUUGAAUGUCUUAAUAUGUAAAACACAGCUAGUUAAAGACUUCUUACAGUUCUGGCUUGUGUCUCUUUGCUAUGUUGUUUUUUUUUUACAAUUUGGUUGUCUUUGGCCAUGUGCUUUUGAAGAGUUAUUUGUCAAUUAUAAUGUGAAUUUAUUGUUGGAAAGCUCCUUGGGAAGCAGCAACUUGUUUUCAAGGAGGAAUAGUGAUUACAUGAUGACUAAGUAGUUUCAAAAGGGUCAACAUAAACCUCUUUACUACAUAUAAUUUAGAACACAUUUAAAAAUCAAAACAAACAAAACAAAUGUAAUGUGAAAUAAGGGAAUGUAUCAUAUAAAACAUGUAGAUACUGUUUAUAUUUCUUGGGGUAAAUUAUUUGUAAAUUAGCAAGUGCCUUAUGCAGUGUCUGUUUGCUUAAUUAGCCUCGCUGUAUAUGUGCCUUAUUGAAAACUUGCUUAUAUUGUACAUUUGCUUUCCUGAUCAUUUUCUUCUCAGGGAGGAAAACUGUUGCCUGUGCAUUUCUUUGUCAUUAAUUAUUGUUGUACAGGAAUAUUUGGAGAAAAGUUGCAAGUGGUGUGACUGUGACAAAAACAAGUAAUAUUAGGUUGUUAUUUUUCAGUACAAAAAACUACAUUAAUAAGUGUAGUACAGAGGCUGUUAUGUAUACUGUAUGUUUUACAGUGAACCCUGGGCAAUUCAGAUAACAGUAUAAUGGUUUGUCCUUUUUUGUGUUUACAUCUGAAAUGAAUAAAACAGGUGAUGUAUAUUAAUAAUAAAAGUCAAGAUGGAAUA